GAUGGGGCAUCCGCACGAGGGGCUGUAAGGGCGCGUGGCCCUGCUUGUGUUCAGCCUUCUCGCUCUGUUUAAGAGGCGGGAGGGAAUUACUGUCACUUCGCAGGCGUUUAGGCAGGUGCCCGGCCCGUGAUCGGGGUUCUGACAGCGGUUCUGCAGAGCUGUAGCAGCACCGACACCAGAACUUCUGCUUGGGCCAUGAUGAAAUCCUACAAUGCCGUUUUGUGUGGAUGAAGUGAAGGGAUAGAAAAGGAAAUUAAAAAAAAUGCCCAAGCAAACAGCAGUGACAAUAACUUUGGCGACCCUGCUGGGUGUUGCAGUGGGAGGCCUGGUUUUGUGGAAAGCAACCCAACGUCGGAAAGGAAAAGCAUGCCAUAGUAGUCAGCAAGAAGAAGCAGCUAUAAAGUCGGGAGAUGAGAAACUCAUUAAGACAGAGGAUAAGGAGGUGCUUUCCGUCUUCAGAUCUCCCACCUUUUCCCUUGGUGCAGACAUAGUGAUAGUUUCAGAGCAGGAGGAGUGGAAUCGUGUUGAACCACUGCUGAAGAAGGAGCUGGAGAAGUGGCCGGUGCUUGGAAUUGAUUGUGAGUGGGUAUCUGUGGAGGGAAGAGCAAAUCCUGUAUCCCUGCUACAGAUGGCUUCUUCCAGUGGCCUCUGCAUUCUUGUUCGGUUGCCCAGGCUUGUUGCCAGUGGACAGACUCUCCCAAAGACCCUGUUGGACAUCAUGGCAGAUAGUACUGUGUUGAAAGUUGGGGUUGGAUGCUGGGAAGAUGCUUGCAAGCUGCUUCAUGAUUAUGGCCUUCCAGUCAAAGGGAGUGUGGAUCUGCGGUAUUUAGCCAUGAGACAGAGGAAGGAUCUACUUCACAACUGCCUUAGCCUUAAGUCUUUAGCUGAAAAAGUCCUGAACUGCCCACUUGACAAAUCUCCUCAUGUGCGUUGCAGCAACUGGGAGGCAGAAGAACUGGCACAAGAUCAGAUUCUCUAUGCUGCUAGGGAUGCCCAGAUCUCAGUGGCUCUGUUCCUCCAUUUACUGGGAUUUGCUGGCCUCCCUGCUACAUCUGAAGGUGAAAACUCUGUUGCUGAUUGGGAAAAAGUGUUGGGUGAAUGCCGGGGCUUGGUGGAUAUCCCAUUUAGAGGAAGAAAGAGUGGCAGCACAGGAGAGGAGAAGAGUGGAGAUGGACACUCCCCUCAGAAAACAAAGAAUCGGAAAUCUUGGGUGAAUGGCCAGCCCUCUGGCAAUCAUCAAGUGAGAGAUCCACGGAGGCAGAAGCGAAAGCCUCUGGGUGUGGGAUAUUCUGCACGAAAAUCUCCGCUGUAUGACAACUGCUUCCUGCAUGCACCAGAUGGACAACCCCUGUGCACUUGUGAUCGCAAGAAGGCUCAGUGGUAUCUGGACAAGGGGAUUGGAGAGCUAGUUAGCACAGACCCCUUUGUUGUGAAGCUGCGGUUUGAGCCUUCAGGACGUCCUGAGUCUCAAGUUGAUUAUUAUCUGACAGUCAAAGAAAACCUGUGUGUUGUCUGUGGCAAGCGAGAAUCCUAUAUCCGGAAGAAUGUUGUUCCUCACGAAUACCGAAGACACUUCCCCAUCCAGAUGAAGGACCACAACUCCCAUGAUGUGCUCCUACUCUGCACAUCCUGCCAUGCCAUUUCCAAUUACUAUGACAACCAUCUCAAGCAGCAGUUGGCUGAGGAGUUUGGUGCUCCUAUCGGCUCCGAGGAAGGUGUGCGUCUGCUGGAGGACCCUCUGCGCAGGCAAGUGCGCUCGGGAGCGCGAGCCCUGCUGAAUGCAGACAGCCUGCCUGACCCCCGAAGGGCAGAGCUUCUGCAAAGCAUCAAGGACUUCUUUAACACAGAGGCAGUCACACCAGAGAUACUCCAGGAAGCAGCUGGUCUGGAAACCAGGAUCUGCAAUGAGAGCUACAUGCCACAUGGACUGAAGGUGGUGCAGUGUUUUGCUAAAGGAGGCCUGCGCUCCCUUAUGCAGUUGGAAAGACGCUGGCGGCAGCACUUUUUGGACAGUAUGCAGCCCAAGCACCUCCCAGAGCAAUGGUCAGUGGAUCAUAACCACAUGAAGCUGAUCCGAAAGUAUGGGGAGGAUCUUCAGAUUCAGCUGUCAUGAAACUAACUCCCUGAACUCCGGAUAGUGUCUAAUAAACAUAUGUAACUGAAGAUGAAAGGACUAUUUUUAUCUCUAUGCCUUCACUAACACCUGGGCCUGGGUUUGCAAGCAGGUAGCAGUAGAUCUGCCAGAUUUGACAUUUUUGUAGAGUUAAAUUUGACAGUUAGAUCCAUUGACUUGAACUUUCAGAUGGUUUGGAAUUUUUAAUCCUAGUCUGUCAUUCACUAGUUCAGUGCAAGAGUGAUAUACUAAGGGAACUUGUCUUCUCAAAGUGACUAUGGAGAAUUAUUUUCCUCAAGCCUCCAGGGCACUUGAUGCCUGCAGACCAUCUCUCAACACAGAGCACAAUAUAUGAACUUUUCCACACUUUCUGACAUAAAUUUGUGCCCUUGACUUCACCUUUAGAGUCUCUUGAUAAAAAUCUUUGUUUUCAGUGCAGUUGUACUCUUAUGAGUUCUUCUUAGAGAAGACCCCCUGCCAGAGAGAGAUUUCUUGUUUGGAACUGGCAAAGAAAGCUUACUUUUUUGCAGAUUCUGAGGUGUAUUAGCAUUGCAGAUAGGCCUGAGCAAGUUUCCUGGUGGCAGGUGCCUGAUGAGAAGUAACACUCUGACUCUGGCAGUAUGGAAGCACCCAUGCCAAGUCUUUUGUUAAACAGCUUCCAGCAACACACAGUUUAUAAAAAUGUUCUUUGUCUGUCUUGAAUAGUGUGCACAUGCCUGCAGGGCUGUGAUCUUGUUGGCAUUACAGAGACAGGGUGGGAUGACUCCUAUGACUAGAGUGUUGGAAGGAUACAGGCUGUUUAAGAAGAACAGGCAUGGAGGUGUCUCACCUUCUGUGUCAAUGACUGGCUGGAGUACAUGGAGCUCUGGCUGGAGUUCAUGGAGCUCAGCCUAGGGAUGGAUGAGGAGUCAACCAAGAGUUUAUGGGUCAGGAUUAAGGGAGGGCAGAGACAGGUGACAUGGUGGAGGUCUGCUACAGAUCGCCCAACCAGGAAGAUUGAGUGGAUGAAGCUGUAUAUAGACAGAUAAAAGCAGCCUUGUGUUCACAAGCCUUGGUAGUCAUGGGAGACUUCAACCAUCCCCAUAUCUAUUGGAGGGACAACACAGCAGGGCAUAAGCAAUUCAGGAGGUUCCUGGAAUGUGUUGAUAACUUCUCCAGAAAGCCAACCCCAUCCUGGGCUGCAUCAAAAGAGGCAUGACCAGUAGGUCAAGGGAGGUGAUCCUCCCCUCUAUUCUGCUCUCGUGAGACCCAUGUGGAGUACUGCAUCCAGCUCUGGGGCCCCCAGCAUAAUAGAGUGAGUCCAGAGAAGGGCUACAAAGAUGAUCAGAGGGCUGGAACAUCUAUCUUAU